GUAAAUAAACCAUUGAAAUUUAAAUAAAUAGAACAUGUCUUUUCAACUAAUUAUUGUUAUUUUAAUUAUUACGAACUUAAGUUCUAUUUCGACAGUAAAUGAUAUGACUGAAAGUUCAUUUGGAAAGUACACUGAAGGUAUAUUAGCUGCUUUUGGAGAUUUCAACUCUGAUGAACUAACAGAUGUCUUUGUUAUAUUCAAUCAAACAAGCUUAACAGUUUUGCUCGCACACGAUAAGGAACCCUUCCUGAGACCCUCAGCAUAUGCAUGUAAUUUUAGUAAUUUUAUUAUUACAAGUGUUGUGCCAGGUGACUUUGAUGGAGAUGCUUACAUGGAUAUCCUUUUGACCACGCAAAAUCUAAAUGAAAGUUCCAGUAUUCAUGAAGUAAGGAUAUUAUGGGGCGGAUCAUUGUUGAACUGCUCAGAUGCACUCUUUGUCAAAGUUAUUACUUAUGGACAACCACUGGUAAUGGAUUACAAUCGAGACAUGACUUUAGAUUUAUUUGGCAUUAAUUCCCAAAGAGAAAGAGUUUAUUGGGUAUUUGAUAAAACAAGAGGUACCCCUAGUGAGAUUGUAAUGGGAGAAGGACCUGUCAAAGAAAUAAAACUCCCUCAUUCUCAUUCAUUUUUAGAUGUCAAUGAAGACAAUGCUGCAGAUUUAUUAGUAACCACCAAAGUGGAUGUAGAAGUUUGGCUUAGUGAAGAAAACAAUGGCUUUAAAUAUAAUAAUAGUAUUGAGUUACUUGUGGGACACGAAGCUAUAUAUGGACAGGCUUUAUUUAUUGAUGUAGCACUUUCUGGACAAUUCUUUUUAAUGAUACCUGUAUGCUCUGAUACUGAAUGCUUUAAUAGUACAAUAUUAAUUUAUGAUAAUCAGCAAUGGCAUGAGUUACAAAUUGACCUUAAUGAUGGAAAAGGGACUCUAUGGAGGUUUGCACCUCCUAGAAAUGAGGUUUAUCUGGAUGCUAUUACUAUGCGCAGUGGUGAUUACAACAUGGAUGGAUAUCCAGACAUAUUAAUGAUUUUAAGUCCCACAAAUAGUGAUGUAACAAAAGUAUUCUUAUUUCAUAACAUACCAUGUUCUACCACAGGCUGCAAAUUCUCAAGAACAUUUCAAGUUCAGUGGGACAUAUUUAAUUCUUUUGGUAAAAAUGUUGUGAUGGCCACAUUUUAUGAUUUUUAUAUGGAUGGUGUACUUGACAUUAUUUAUGUUACAAAGAAUACCACAACACAAAAAUAUAAUAUGCAUGCAUUCAGGAAUGAGUUGGAAUAUGAUACAAAUUUUAUGAAAGUAAUGGUUGUGACUGGUUUAACAAAUGAAAAAACUCCAACUAUUAAUGGUACUCUAUAUAAACGUAAGGGCACAUUUGGUACCAAUUUGCCAGGACCAAAAAUUGGAUAUAAUACUUGGUCACAGGAAGGAAACUAUAGAACAGGAGUCUGUGCACAGCUGCCUCAGUCUGCAUACUUUGCUCUCCAAUUACCAUACUCAAUAUUUGGUCUAGAUCACACACCUAACUUUGUAGAUACUUUAAAUGUUGGUCUCUCAGGUCAUUCUAAAAGCUGGACUCAGAUAAUUCCCAAUUCUCAAAUAGUAGUUAUACCAGCACCUCCAAAUGAUGCCUCACAGUGGAGAGCACAGUUAUUUGUAACUCCUAGUAAAGUGAUUCUUAAAAGUGUAUUUGUACUUACUGCAAUUGUUAUUGUUAUAACAGGACUUGUCCUCUACUUACAUUGGAAAGAAAGAGAGGACAGACAAGAUAUAAUUGAAAUAGAUGAAAAAACUUAUGUCAAAAUUUGAAAGGAUUUUAAUACUCCAAAUAUAUAGGUGUAGUUAUCACAAAUGGUGUCUACAUUGCAUUUUAACAAUGUCAUUAGUACAAUCAAGAAACUGAACUCCUUUGAGCAAACUGCUCAAAUGUGACUAGUAUUUUUACAAACUGAUAUUGAACUCAAGUGGUAGGUAAUUGCCUAAUGUGACAGUGCUGAAUGCAUCAACU